AUGAAUGCUGCGGUCGGUGGUGGUAGGAAGGAAGUUCGUGGUGGUUCCAAACCGGACUCCGGCGCUUCUACUCUGGACUCUGAUGCUUUUGAUCUGGACUUCGGCGGCGCUAAUAACCCGACGUUCGGUGGUGGUUAUAUUCUGGACUCUGGCGCUUUCGAUCUGGCCUCCGGCGGCGGUGCUUCCAACCUGAACUCCAGCGCUGAUGCGGAGGUGCCUAUCAACGUUGCGGGCGGUGGUGGUGGUGCGGAGGUUGCUGGUGGUCCCGACCUGAACUCUGGUGCCUAUACUCUGGACUCCUCCGACGCUUUCACUCUGAAACCCAGCACUUAUGCGACGAUGCCCUGUGUGCAGUCUUGGGGACUCUUGUCCGACGAUGUCCGCCAGAAGUCUCUGCAACAACAAGCAGCACAUCGCAGCCUGCCUCCGCGGCUCACCAAGGUCGUCUCGUCCAUCGCCGCCUCCCUCCGGUUCGACCUCGACGAGUUCCAGACCAACCUGGUGCCAUACCCGCGUAUUCACUUCCCGCUCGUUGCCACGAGGCCAAUGGCGUGCAGCAGAUCAAACGUGCCAGACGACGAUCUCGCCAGAGUCAACCGUGCCCGUGUGCAUGUGUCCAAAAUCACCGGCCUAGUCCGCCCUGUCCCACAAGUUCGACCUUGGCCACAUGCCCUUCUGUACUGCGGAGACGUCGUCGUAAAGGACGUUCACCAGCUCUCCUCUGACAAAUUCGACCUCAUGUACAGCAAACCCCCAUUGCUGAGGCCUGGCCCGCUCUGUCCCACAAAUUCGGUCGAUCUCAUGUACUGCAAGAGCAAGCGCGCCUUCGGCCACUGUAUUCCUUCUAACAAUACCGCCAUUGCAGAGGUCUGGUCCGCCCUGUUUCACGAGGUCGAUCUCAUGUACAGCAAGCGCGCCUUCGUCCCCUGGUACGUCGGCGAGGGUAUGGAGAAGGGCGAGAGGACUUGGCUGCGCUCGAGCGCGAUGACGAGGAGGUUGCUGCCGACUCCGCCGAGGGUGAUGAGGGCGAUUCGUACCAAGAAUGCCAUCCCAUUAGAUCGCCGGCGUGGCCGAGUGAUUAUGCUCACAUGUCCAAUGUCAGUCCACGGCAGCAAACAGUCGCACAUCAGAAUGUUCCUUCGAAGGUAUCCCACCCGCCCGACUCCCGACCUUCCUCGAGUCCUGGCUCCUGCUCUCUCGAUUCCCGCAUGGCCCCAUCUGCCACUUACAGAUGCCAGAAUCGCUAUAUGA